UAAUUUGAAAGCCAUACCGUCUAGUCCUCUAUUUCAGUGACCACUUAGGAUGAUGACUGUGAAAGCUAUGGCUUUUACAGUACAUAUAUAAUAUAAUAUAAUAUAAUAACCCACAAAACCCAACUUGCUCUUCCCUUCUUUACCAGUCAAGAAAGAGAGAAAAUCCGUUGGCAAAUCCAUCCAGAGAGAGUCCAGAGCUUUCCCCUUUAAAGUCAUCAGAUACAAGCAAGAUCCCCUUCAGCUUAGCUGUUUAUCCACUAGCACCUAUUGCCCAUACGCCUUUUAUAUGUAUAAAGAGAGAUUCAGAAAACCAUGUUUGCUUUAACUUCAGCCAAGAAUGAUACUUCUACUGCAAAAGAGAUUAUUAGAAAGAAGAGAAUGAAGAUCAGAUGUGAUGUUUGUGACAUGGUUGAGGCGUCUGUGUUUUGUUCUGCAGAUGAAGCUGCUCUUUGUGAUGCUUGUGAUGGCCUUGUCCACCAUGCAAAUAAGCUUGCAAGUAAACAUCUGCGCUUCUCUCUUCUCCAUCCUUCCUCUAAACAUUCCCCUCUUUGUGAUAUCUGUCAGGAAAGACGUGCCCUCCUAUUCUGUCAAGAAGAUAGAGCUGUUCUAUGCAGAGAAUGUGAUAUUCCAAUCCACAAAGCUAACGAACAUACCAAGAAACACAACAGGUUUCUUCUCACAGGAGUCGGGCUCUCUACUUCUUCUUCUUUAUACCCAACAACAUCCUCUUUCAACAGCUGCAACCCAAACACGAACACUAACAGCAAAAGCCCCCGGAAGCCAUACCUACAUAAUCCCUGCAGCUUUUCCAAUGAAAUUUUUGGUUCUCCUUCGGUUGAAAGAGCAUCACCAUCACUAGCUGGUCAUUAUACCCACAACAGCUAUAACAUUUCAAUUUCAACAAGCAGCAUUUCUGAGUACUUAGAGACGCUUCCAGGCUGGCAAGUAGACGAUUUUCUUGAUCCUUCAAUUGCUAUUCCUGAUAGUUUCUGUAAGACUUUUGACAAAUUUUCGCCAUUGGUGGUGGAUCAAGAUCUGGAAAGCCAUAUGAUUUCUUUCUCACCAGAAGAUUUGGCCUUCUGGGUACCUCAAGUUUCUGGUCAACAGCCUCCUAUAAAUCAUCCCCAGACUGAAGGAGGUUUGCUUGAUGGAUUAAAGAAGUCCAAAGAUGCAAACAAUUGGAAAGUUAACAGGAAAUGGAGAAGUGAAGAUGCUUUUACAGUUCCUGAGAUGAGCUAUAGAGAACUCAAGAAAUCCAGGCAUUUCCCAUAGAAAAACAUAACACAUUUUUGUUUGAGAACCUCUUAGAGUUAUCCUGUUCUGACUUCUGAGCCAGCCAAUGGCUACCAGUUUUACUCCAAGAGAAGGAAGUGUGGUUUGUUUUCACUUGUUUCACAGCACGUUGCAAUUUUCUUGGUGAAAUGAGAAUAAUGCUCAAAGCAAGAUAUUUGUAGGAUUGGAAAAAGACAGCUACAUUAAUUAAAUGUGACUUUCUAUGCGGAA